UGACGAGCGGAGCAAUAUUAUCAACAACAUUGUCUUCUUAGUAAUUAAACCGUAAUUAAUCUAAUUAUCUCAUGUGGAGUAAAUUAUCUCAUUAUGAAGGUGAACAUUAAUGUGUGUGGCUAACAUGGGGCGACCUGCAUGUGUUGAAGUUGUAUUCAGUGUUCCGUUAUUACCCGUAUUGUCCAAAACACACCCAUUCCAUCAGAACUAGUUACCUUAUGGACGGCAAACAUUAAUCCCACCCACAAUUCUUAAUGUAGAAAUAGAAGUGUUUUUAUCCAAACGAUAUGUGAGCCACAGAGAGAAGACUCGAUCAGCAACAAACAUACUGGUAACUUUCCUGAGCAACCAUGGUAAUGUUCAAGACAUUUCUACUGACUAUGUUUCCGUUGCUGUUAAUGUGUACCAUUGUUCACAUUGGAUUCUUUGAAAAUGUUCCAAUGGAGCUUGGAAAUAAAUAUUAUGCUGAAAUCCCAAGUAUGUUAAUAUUUGUCCCUGACUGGAUGACAAUGCCAUUUAACACCUUGGUUAACUUUGGUUAUGCCAUUGUUGGCGCCAUGUGGCUGGCAAUUACAUCAAAUUAUAUUGAUUGCAAUGUCUUUACCGAAACUCAGUCAUUUCUUUUCUAUAUAUUUAACUGGAUGGCGCUGUUUUACUCUCCCAUACAGUUACUAAGGAUUCUCACUCAGAUACAUGCUUUUGCUGUUUUGGAUCAGUGGGUGACCCUUCCAUUUUUCAUGUGGGUUGUUGUUGAAGGAAUUACCAUUCUAUAUGGCUGGAAUUGGUUAAAGGCUCUCGGUCUUUGUACACUUUCCAUUUUGAGUUACUUCUUAGUUCUUCUACCAAUUCCUGGAUUUGAGAUCUCUCUUAUUUUACACAUUGCCGCUGCACUUCACGUUGCCAGACUUUUAUACAACAAGUUUCCAAAUGAAAAAUCAAAGAAUUUUUUCAUAAAAGCUUUCAUUUCUUGUUUAGGAUUUAUAUUUUUGAAAUUGUUUGACCUCCAUUUGGGGAAUUUACAUUUAGCUUUCAAAUAUCUCUCUGGCCAUUUCUUGUCCAAGAUCUGUGAUAUUCUUCAAAUUCACUAUGUAAAUCUGUUUGUGCUAAACAUAGUUCUCAGACAGAACAAAGAUGCCAAAAAGAAAGCUGAAUGAUAAGUUUUUAUUUUAUUUUGUGAAACCAGUGGAAAUGAUUACAUUAAUUAAAAUAAUCAUGAUUAAGAUUUCUUAAUGACAUAUGAAACCCAGCCCUACAACUUCAGGAGAUAGUGUCCACAAUGAAAUAUCACACCAUGGGGUAUGAAUCUUCUUCCAAGUUUGGUUUUUUAAUCAUUUGUCCAUUAUUUAAAUACAAUAUAUAAAUUACGCAAAUAAAUAAAUAAAAAUUUGAUAAAAUGACUUUUUAACCAUCUUCAUCAAUUAUAAUCGAUGGACUACAUUAAAUCUUUUAAUUAAUGGACCUGAUUAUAUCAUUGGCUGUGUUUUAUGAUUUUCAAUCGUGUACCUCUUACUGACAUUUUUUCCCUCCAUUUUAAACUUUUUUGUUGCACUCCACCCCCAAAUCUCGUCCUCUCUAAGAGUUUAGAGGCAAUUAUCCAUGCUGAAUAUCUUAAUGAAUUUUAUUUUUCCCCGAUAUUAUUUGCACUUUUUGUUUAUACCCUGCUCCCUGAAAGACAAUAAAAUAUACAUCCCACUGAAAUUAUUCCUGAGAAUUAUUUUAUAAUUUCUGAAAAGAUUUUGAUAUUUUUGUAACCAUUAUAUUUAAUUUAAUUUAUUAUUUGUGCUUUCGUUAUCAAAAUAAAAAUUGUCCACUUAAUA